AAAUGGAUGGUGGAACGUGAAAAGAAGGAGGAGGAGUGCCCAGCCACCCCCACCCCAAGACCCCCACCGCAGAAAAUAACUCAUACAUGUAGGAGACUAAAGGGGAAGUGAGCAUUCCGUGUCCCUGCAGAUGUCCACUUCCAUCCUUUCUUCCUCCACCAAAGACCAGAUCUCUACGUCUGUGUGACGCUUCCGUCUGAGGAGGAGGAGCACUUUCUGGCAUUUUCAACGUUCUAAUGCUAAUAUAACAGACUAUCUUUAUUCCUCUUUAUUGUUUUAUGUUGAAACGGGACGUUUCAUCUGCAGGAGGGGCCGUAUGGGACACUGUUUACUUCAGCUUUGGUGUUCUGUGGAUGACAGGUUCAUGAUGUAAUCAGGCAGAUGGACCUCUGGGUACAUGAAUAAAAUGAAAAUAAAGGCUGCAGCGGUCCUCUACACCCACACGUGUCUCUGAGCUCCUUAUUUUACAGAUGACACACCGCUUUACUGACACCAAACCCCGGACAGACGGUUACACUGACAAUAAUCUGAUUUUGAGUCACCAAAAGGAUCAGAAUCUCUGUGUUUUUGAAACAUAUCCGGAAAUAAAACUUCACAAGACGCUCCGCAUAUUUCAUCUUCAAGGAAAGCUCCAAUAAACGGAAACCUUUGGUGUUUUUUUCCUCGUAAAUCUAUGACUUUUUUCUGGUAAAUUUACAACUUCAAAAUUGUAAUAAAAAAAAUGUUUGUAAACUGGUCCUAAAACUACAUUAUACUAUUGCUGUCAUUAAUUAAGAAUACAAAUAUUUAUAAACGCUCUUUAAGAAGCAAUAAAAGAAAGACACAGUGCAGUGUUUCAAAGUAAAGUCCACCUUGGAGCUGAUGCUAAAAUGUGACAGAGAUCCUGCUAAAGGUCAUAGUUCAAAGACCCUCCUGCUGCACCAAUGAAUCUUUAGGAGGUUUAUUCCCAGGAAGGAAACUAUCAGUUAAUCUGGAAAAAAUCCUCAAACUUUCCUUCAAUCUCAGCAGAAAAGCAGGUGGAAAGAAGCAGGCGGCACCAUCAUAGGACCAUCGUCAGCUCACCUGCAUGUUCUGGUGGUUCUGCAGCCUGGGGGGUCGUGACCUGAGGCCUUCAUGCCUCACUGUUUCACUGCGUUAAAAUCUCUCACACAAAUAACAACAAACAUACAUGAACAUGUAUGUAGAGACGAUUGGAGAUGGUUGAAGGAAUUUCUUCAUGUUUUACUUUCCUGUUUCUGAUCAUUAUUCUAUAUGUUUAUGCAUGACUGCAAAGUUAAAGCUUCAAUUUAAUAGUUUAAAAAGGAUUUAGAAAGGACUGAAAAACAAGGACUAAGAAAUAAAAAUUACAUUUCAUUAAAAACGUCAAGUAAUUCAAAGAAACAAAAAAAAGUAGUAAAAAAUAAAGACUUGUUUCAAAACUUUAUAUGGACAAAAUUUGUUAAGAAUGUUAAAACUCGAACUGUGUUUAAGUUGUUUUAUGAAGUACAUUCCGACCUGCUGGGUUCUGUGUUGCUAUGGUUACGGUCUCUGGCCGCACCAAUGUUAGUGUAGUUCCCCCUCCUGCCGGUGGGGGCAGUAGCGAGGCAGAGAAAAAGUAUAACUUCCGGUUUUGUUUCUGUUUCCGGUCUCUGUCUUUCUUUAAAAAAAUGCUCCAAACGUUUCUAUUAAAAGCGGUCAUUUGAUCCCAACUGGCCAAAACUCCCGUUUUCAUUGGCAGACGCGCGCUCGGAUGAAGUGACGUCACACCGAGACGUCUUUGUUCAAAGCUAGCAUGAGCUAGCGGUGCACCGUGCAGGAAUCGAACCCGCGGAGCCGGAACGGAGAACCCUGGGGCCCCACGGUUCCUAUAAUCGCCUGUUUGGCGAACUGAGACGACAGAGCGGGUCACCCGCUCGUCUCUGAUUGGUGGAACCACCGCCUCACCUGGUUCUCCUCAGGUGUGAUGGUGAAUGACUGACUGACCAGAAGCAGAAGACUCCGCCCCCUUUACUCCUUCAGGAGGUGAAGAUGAACAGAGAGGAGGAGGAAGCGGAUAAAGGAGACGACUGUGAGAUGAUCCCUCCAGCAGGAGGCGCCGUUCCAGACGCCCGCCAUGACUCCGCAGAGGAGGCGGCCCCGGCGCGGGGGCCCCGGCCGUCAAAGCCGCGCCACCGCUGCUCUGAGUGCGGUCAGGAGUUCUCUCGGCCGUCCCGACUGGCGGAUCACGUGGCGUCGCACUCGGGCGUCAAGCGCCACAGCUGCUCCAUCUGCGGCAAACGCUUCACCAAGAAGUUCAACCUGCGCAUCCACCAGCGCGUCCACACCGGCGAGAAGCCCUACUCCUGUCCCGACUGCAGCGCCAGCUUCGCCCAGCAGGGCUGCCUGAGGAGGCACCGCCUCCAGCACGCCGCCAAGAAGCCCCACCUCUGCUCCGAGUGUGGGCGGGGCUUCACCCAGAGGCGCUACCUGGUGCAGCACGAGCGGACGCACACCGGGGAGAAGCCCUUCAGCUGCCUGCUGUGCCCCAAACGCUUCGCCUCCAGGAACGGGCUGGUGGACCACCACAAGACGCACGCCGAGCAGAAGCUCUUCUCCUGCUCGCUCUGCCAGAAGGCCUUCUCCUCCGCCUCCUCCUUCAGGGACCACGUCAGGCUGCACACGGGCCAGAAGCUCCACCCCUGCUCGCUGUGCAGCCGCAGCUUCAACCGGCCCAGUAAGCUGAGGGGCCACCUGCAGAGGCACGCCGACGAGGCUGCAGGAGCGGGUGAAGCUGCUCCCCACUGCUUCCUGUGUCAGGAGGACUUCUCCUCCAUCGAGCAGCUGCAGGAGCACCGGCGGCUGCAGCACCCGGCGCCGCGCUUCGCCUGCAGCGUCUGCGGCCGAACCUUCACCAGAACCACCCGCCUGAAGGUCCACAUGAAGUCCCACUCGGCAGGGGGCCCGCAGCAGAACCCUGAGGGGCGCAGGAGGGGCCUAAAGGCUCAGGGCAAACCAAAGAAAAACCUGGCGCAGGGGUGCAGCGGCACCGCCACGCCGCCGCAGGAAUCCAGCCCUGCAGAGGGGAAGAGGAGGGGUGAGGAAGAGGAGGCCCUGUCAGCAGGUGAGGAAGAGUCUGCAGGGGAUGUCAGAGCCCCCCUGCAGAUGCAGCACCUCCUGCGCUGCUCCACCUGCUCCAAGACCUUCUCCAGACCCGGCAGCCUGCGAGCCCACCAGAGGAGCCACCAGGCGCAGACGCUGCACGCCUGCAGCAUCUGCUCCAGGGGCUUCCGCAAGCCCUGCCUGCUCCGCAAACACAUGAGGAGCCACGUGAGGGAGGGGCUAAUGGCAGAGCCUGCAGAUAAGGGCUUCUGGCAGCACAUGAAGACGGGGGAGAAGAAGGCCCUCGGGGAGGAGGAGCAGGUGGAGGCUGUGGCCCCCCAGGAGGACUCCGCCCCCAAGCCCCCUACGUCUAAAGCAGCCCAGCCCGGUAACCAUGGCGACCACAUCAACGGCUUGAUCAACUCGGACGGGGAGGAGGAGCAGUGGACCUUCAGACACCCAGAGCGCCGCGCCGACCCGCCGGCGGGCGCUGGCCCGGUGAGGAGGAGCAAGCACCUGUGCCCGGUGUGUGGGCGGGACUGCUUCAAAGCGUCGGCGCUGCAGAAGCACCUGAGGAUCCACUCCGGGGAGCGUCCGUACCAGUGUCCCACCUGCAGCAAGAGCUUCGUCCAGCAGGUCCACAUGAAGGAGCACCAGAGGAUCCACACCGGGGAGAAGCCCUUCACCUGCCCCCAGUGCGCCAAGAGCUUCACCUUCUCCAGCGCCCUGCGCCGGCACCAGCGGCUGCACGACGACGCGCGCCCCUUCUGCUGCCACGUCUGCAAGAAGAGCUUCAAGCAGCGCUCGGUGCUGAAGAGCCACCUGCUGACCCACUCCGGGGUCCGGUACCAGUGUCCGCUGUGCAGCAGGAGCUUCAGCCGCGCCCUGGAGCUCACCUACCACGUGGACGUGCACUCGGAGGCGCGGCCCUACUUCUGCAGCAUCUGCAACCUGGACCUGAGCGGCGCCCGCAUCUUCCGCAACCACAUGAGGAAGCACGAGUCUGCAGGACGCCCGGCGGGGUCAGAGGAGACCAUGUGACCCUCAGACCAGAACCCAGCAGGGUCAGAGGAGACCAUGUGACCCCCUGACCCUCAGACCAGAACCCAGCGGGUCAGAGGAGACCAUGUGACCCUCAGACCAGAACCCACGGGGUCAGAGGAGACCAUGUGACCCUCAGACCAGAACCCAGCAGGCUCAGAGGAAACCAUGUGACCCUCAGACCAGAACCCGGCUGGGUUAGAGGAGACCAUGUGACCCUCAGACCAGAACCCAGCAGGCUCAGAGGAAACCAUGUGACCCUCAGACCAGAACCCGGCUGGGUUAGAGGAGACCAUGUGACCCUCAGACCAGAACCCAGCAGGGUCAGAGGAGACCAUGUGACCCUCAGACCAGAACUCACGGGGUCAGAGGAGACCAUUUGACCCUCAGACCAGAACCCAGCAGGGUCAGAGGAGACCAUGUGACCCUCAGACCAGAACCCAGCGGGUCAGAGGAGACCAUGUGACCCUCAGACCAGAACCCAGCAGGCUCAGAGGAAACCAUGUGACCCUCAGACCAGAACCCGGCUGGGUUAGAGGAGACCAUGUGACCCUCAGACCAGAACCCACGGGGUCAGAGGAGACCAUGUGACCCUCAGACCAGAACUCACGGGGUCAGAGGAGACCAUGUGACCCUCAGACCAGAACCCAGCAGGGUCAGAGGAGACCAUGUGACCCUCAGACCAGAACCCAGCGGGUCAGAGGAGACCAUGUGACUCUCAGACCAGAACCCAGCGGGUCAGAGGAGACCAUGUGACUCUCAGACCAGAACCCAGCGGGUCAGAGGAGACCAUGUGACCCUCAGACCAGAACCCAGCAGGGUCAGAGGAAACCAUGUGACCCUCAGACCAGAACCCAGCAGGGUCAGAGGAGACCAUGUGACCCUCUGUGGAAGACCAGAACAUCUGGACUUCUGGAGGAACUUGAAAAGCAGUUUUGUCUUCUUUUAGAGUUUUGUCAUUAAUUUAUUGUCCUCAUUUCUUGUCCUGUUGUCAGCUGGACAGGUCUGUGUUGAGGUGAUCACCUCUGAAGGUUGAAGGAACACCUGCAGGAGCAGAAGAGCAGAAAGAUGAGGAGAUGUUUGAUCUAAUAAAAGUUCCUGAAAAAAC